GCUUCUCGAAGCCGCGGGCUGCAGGACCGCAGUGAAACGGCUCCACGGCGAAGACGUGCGCGCGCUGCGGUCGCCGCCGCCGCAGCUGCAUAUCGGUGUCUACGGUGCAGUGAAGUGGCGUGUUCCCGUGUGCGUGAGCAGUGCCGCUGCAGAGAGGGGACUGCGCACGGCAGGGAAGAAACGUGGCCGCGCGCGUGUGUGUGUGCGUGCGGGGCCCAUGUUUCGGCGGUCAUCCCUCGCUGAGCAGUGUGUUGACGCGGGCGACGGCGGAGGCGGUGGCUGAGCCAUGACCGUAAGCUACCAAUACGAUGUGGCCUCCACUUCGCAUGGGGGCUUCAUCCGGCUCCUGUUCAAAUGGAAGGGCAGCGUCUGGAAGCUCGUCUACACCGAGCUCUUGCUGCUUACGCUUGCCUAUGGAUUCCUGUCGCUAUUGUACCGACAGGCGCUCACCGAGCCGCAGAAGAGGGUGUUCGAGUUGGUGGUGUACUACUGCUCGACUUUCAUGGAGAUGAUUCCGCUGUCGUUCAUGCUGGGAUUCUACGUCACCUUCACGGCGACGAGAUGGUGGAACCAGUACAUGGCGAUUCCUUGGCCCGACAGGCUGAUGAACGUGGUGAUGAUGUACGUGCCUGGCCAGGACGAGAGCAGCCGCAUGCUGAGACGCACGCUGAUGCGCUAUCUCAAUCUCAGUCUCAUCCUCGUGCUGCGCUCGAUCAGCAAGGCCGUCAAGCGCCGCUUCCCCACAAAGGACCACCUCAUCGAAGCCGGAUUCAUGACCAAACUGGAGAUGGAUCUGUGGCAGUCGAUCCCGUCGACUGAGUUCAACACCUUCUGGGUGCCCUGCACCUGGUUCAUCAACCUGCUCCGGGAGGCACGAAACGAGUGUCGCAUCACGGACGCCCAGGGAGUCAAGCUCAUAAUGGAGGAGUUCAAUGACUUCCGGUCAAAGUGUGGUCUUCUGUGGAGUUACGACUGGAUAAGCAUUCCCCUCGUCUACACCCAGGUGGUGACGCUGGCGACGUACUCGUUCUUCGCCGCGGCGCUGUUCGGCCGGCAGUACAUUCACAGCCCGGACCCGAUCAUCGACAGCCGCCAUCAUUUCGACUUCUACGUGCCAGUAUUCACCGUCAUUCAGUACUUCCUCUACAUGGGGCUGCUCAAGGUUGCCGAGCAGCUCAUCAAUCCAUUCGGAGACGAUGACGAAGACUUCGAGCUUAACUGGAUCAUCGACAGACAUUUCAAGGUGUCUUACCUAGGCGUGGACACACUAGACGGUCCGGCACUCCCGCUGGUCAAGGACUCCUACUUCCACAUGACCGAUUACCAGCUGCCUUACACUGCCGCCUCGGUCAGCUACAAGAAGAAGACCUACCGCGGAUCCGUCGCAUACAUGCACGUCCCCCACGAGCAGCGCGAGAUGGUCGUGCCGGAAGUGUCCGAGGAAUACGACGAGGACUCGCCCAGCAACGAGGAGGGUGCCGACGAUGAGGACCCGGGUGGCCCGCUCAACAAGCGCAGUUCGUCUUCGCUGUGGACGCUGUUGAACCGCCGCUCGAGCAGCAGCGGCUCGUUGCACCAGCAGCAGCGCGACGCCGAGGCCGGCUUGCUGCAUCCGACGGACUCCACGCUGCACGUUUACUUCAAGGGCGCCGACGGUGACGCUCCUCCAUCCGGGCAGCAAGACGCGAAACAGAAACACUUGCUGCACCCGCCCGAGGAACGUAGGCGAGGUCGCUUGGGCAGCGAGCCGAGUGCAGCGUCAGGUCAGAAGUCUUUCCUGCGAGAUUUCUUCCACGCUAAGCCAGCAAUGCGCGUGCAGGCUUGGACAGGCGCGGGUGGUGACUACGGUAGCCCUCCGAAACGACCACGCAAGCCUCGAACGAAGGUGUCUUUUUCAGCGGACACGUCCAGCAAGCCGCGCAUCGAAAGAAAGCAUCGCAGUCGGUCUACGUCGGACCUGGUGGCCAUCUUGGAGACCGCGCGUAAAGAAGCACUGCUGUCGAGCCUCGCGUCCAUGAAGGCUGCCAUGCCACGACGAAAGUCACUGGAAAGUAGCCAGACCGAUGUAAAACUCACUGACGUGCUGAGGCGAAACAAAAGCCUCCCCGAGAUGAACAUCUCCGACGCCGCCUACGAAGCACUGCUUACACCAACACCACCACCUGCGCCGACGAAGCCAGUUCGAACAAGAACGUCGUUAACGUCGCAGAUAUUGCCGCUCCAGUUGGCACCUAGGCCUCCAGCCUUGACGCUCAGAAAACUGACUACGCCGCAGAAACUACCCGAGACGCCCAAGCCGGCUCCACCAACCGAAACAUCACUCCAAACAAAGCCGACUCCGACAGUGCUGCUUUCCCCACCACCCGAACCGACGCCACCUCCAACGCCAGCCGUUGCUCCGCAGGAUCUCGAGACGGCUCCAACGCCAACAGCAACAGCUCAGACACGAGGGCCAGAGUCCUCAGAACGUCCUGCGGAGACAGAGGCGCCCAAAAAACCACAGGCAUCUGAAAAACCACCAUCACGUCCAGAAACUCAGGCAGAAACGGCGUCGCCUGUUGAGAUUACGUUGAGGAGGCCUCGAGUUCAUUUGCCACGGCUUGUCGUUCCGGGAGCCCGACGCGGUAUACGACUCAGCGAUCUGACCAAAGAGGACGAAGGCUCUGACGGUCAGGGUAAAAGCGAGACCUCUGCUACAUCUUCAGAACCCUCAGGGAAACCUUCAACUUCCAUUGGCGCCCAUACGAAACCGCGACUGCGCGUGCGUGUGGUGCCUGAACCAGAAAUCAUUCCACUCGAACCGACAGAACCCCAACCGGGAAGCGAGGACACGGAAGUGUUCCCCCCUGGACCAGCCCCUGAGCCUCUCCCGGAACCACCUGCCAGCUUACCGUCCGAGCCUCCGGACAAACCAGAAUCCACGCGUCAAGAGAAGGACCAAGCGUCGGAGAAGAGCCCUGAUAAGCCCGUCACCGAUGACGACAAGACUGAGUUCGUAGUCGUGAUUCAGGAGAAAAGCGACGAGCGGCCCAAGCAGCUCAUCAUCCUGCCGGGUCCUCCCGACCGCGCUGGGUCGGUAGACAGCCUUUUAGGUGAUAGUCGGCCGAAGGGUCCAAAGAGGCGCAGUUCCCUGGAUAGCCCCGGUACUUCUGCGAGCGUGCGCUCACAAUUAUUUACGACACUGCAGAAGCAGCCGACUACGAAGGCUCCUCAACCGACGGCAGAGUCGAGCGAUGGAGCAGGGGUAGAAGUUCGCGCGCCGCCCACUUCGCAGGCCGACGCACGGCGGCAGAGGCGACGACGACGCAGCACUCCGCGGCGGGAGAGCGUGUCCCCGACGAGCCGCGAAGGCAGUCCUCGCGGUGCCGAGGGCAGCCAGGAAUCUCUGGCAGCAGCCGCCCCUGUGCAUAGACGCGUACCCUGCGAGGUGCUCAUGCGGUGGCAGAACGUGGCGCCCAGCGAGAGCACCGAGGAACUUGACCGGCCACCGCCGCCACCGCUGCUCGAACUGCCGGGUGCCGUGUCGCCUCCACCUCGCGGCCACGUGAGGCAGUUGUCGCGAGUCUUUUCACAUCGCUCGAGCAGCACGACCACCUCCAGCGUCACGGUGCGCACUUCCACGACUAGUCACUCGAGGGCGGCGUCCAGGGCGGAUGCCUUCAUUGAGAGCGAGAAGCGCGAUAGCUGA